AUGGCAAACCCAGAACCAGCCAGCCAGCGGAUCCCUACCGGAAUAGCCCUCCCCCCAACCAGGCUGCGGAUACCCGAGUUUACGCCCUUGAUUCUUCGUCUCAGUGUGACGGAGUGGCUGGAGGAUGUCAUGCCCGAGUCCGGGGUGGUGGAGAUGGCGAAGAGAAUCGCUGGGGGCUCGGAAGGGGACAAUGGCACUGGAGAGGCCCUGACGGACGUCGUCCUGAUCGGCCACCAGUUCCUGCGAGAGCCGGGAAUGGGUGCUGCAUGCUGCGGAUGCACUGGGCGUCAAAGUGCAGUGGCCGAUUUAGUAUCAACGGGGGGAAUUUCUGGCUGGCGGGAGCAUUGA